CGAGCGCCGAGCUGGGAGCUGCGAGCGGCGAGCAGGCGGCAGGCGCGGUCUGCGCGAGGAGCGGGCGAGCGGGAAGGCGAGACACAGCCACCUUCCUCCCCAGCCAGCCCACAGCGGUUUGUUCUCAUCCUCGGGAGUGCGCCAAUGCCCGGGCCGACCCAAACCCUGUCCCCAAAUGGCGAGAACAACAACGACAUCAUCCAGGAUAACGGGACCAUCAUUCCUUUCCGGAAACACACAGUGCGCGGCGAGCGUUCCUACAGUUGGGGAAUGGCGGUCAAUGUGUAUUCUACCUCGAUAACCCAAGAGACUAUGAGCAGACAUGACAUCAUCGCUUGGGUUAAUGACAUAGUAUCUUUAAACUACACGAAAGUGGAACAGCUUUGUUCAGGAGCAGCCUACUGCCAGUUCAUGGACAUGCUCUUCCCAGGCUGCAUUAGUUUGAAGAAAGUAAAAUUUCAAGCGAAGUUGGAGCAUGAGUACAUUCACAAUUUUAAGCUUCUGCAAGCAUCGUUCAAGCGAAUGAAUGUUGAUAAGGUAAUUCCCGUGGAGAAGCUAGUGAAAGGGCGUUUCCAGGACAACCUGGAUUUUAUCCAGUGGUUUAAGAAGUUCUACGAUGCUAACUACGAUGGGAAGGAGUAUGACCCAGUAGAGGCACGACAAGGGCAAGACGCAAUUCCUCCUCCCGACCCCGGCGAACAGAUCUUCAACCUGCCCAAGAAGUCCCACCAUGCCAACUCCCCCACAGCAGGUGCGGCUAAAUCAAGUCCAGCAUCUAAACCAGGAUCCACACCUUCUCGUCCCUCGUCAGCCAAAAGGGCUUCGUCCAGUGGCUCAGCGUCCAAAUCUGAUAAAGACUUAGAAACGCAGGUCAUACAGCUUAAUGAACAGGUACAUUCGUUAAAACUUGCCCUGGAAGGCGUGGAAAAAGAAAGGGAUUUCUACUUCGGAAAGUUGAGAGAGAUUGAGCUCCUCUGCCAGGAACACGGGCAGGAAAACGACGACCUCGUGCAGCGACUAAUGGAAGUCCUCUACGCUUCGGAUGAACACGAGGGCCACCCGGAGGAGCCGGAAGCAGAGGAGCAAGUCCACGAGCAGCAGCCCCAGCAGCAGGAAGAGUACUGAACCGUCCCGGCAGCUCUCCACACUUCCGUUUUGGUGGGAACUUCUCUUCCGGAGAAUUGGAACACGUGUGGCCUCAAGCUCAUCAGAAACCAGUCGUUCCCAGUCUGCUGUUACAUCAUUGCGCCAGCGCCCACGCCAGCACCGCGCUCGGGUCCCAUUUCCUUUGCCAAGACACACUAGCGGCGGCCAUGGGUGGCCUGCCCGAGACAUCCCGGGGGUCACACACCUUCAACUUCCCCACUUGGCUGCUUGAGAUUGGUUCUGCUCUUUGCAUUUCCUUCCAGAACAACUUCUCCCCAACCCUACCACCACCACCACCACCACCGUUCCCUUUUUAUCCUGGUGUGAAACAAUGGUAAUUUGAUAUAUGGUAUUUAUAUUGGCAUUUCUCAACCCAGUGUCACUAGAUGUCACACACAUUUGUGGUGCUUUGAUGUUUGCAAGUCUAACCUCUGUGAACAUAAAUUUGGUCAAAUAAUAAAUUGGAACAAAGGGAAAGAUAACUUGAUAUGAAAGCCAUAUGACAGUGACUUGUUUCAUGGGGAAAAACAGAGUCAGUUUCUCCCUCCACUCACAAACGAAAGGGAAGAAAAAAGGGCAUCAGAACUAGGACUUCAGGGCCUAGCAGUGUUCAUCCAUCAGCAUGUUGGACAGCCACACAGUAUGUUGUUAGUUUGGAAAGACAUCCACUCAAGGAGAACACCAUCUCGACUUGGCCCUCCAACUGCUUCCCCUCCCCCCACCCAGGUUCUCACGCUGUUUUCUUUCUCAGGGUCCUCUUUGGUCGGCAGCCACUCUCCCUAAAAGCUGUCAUUGGGUGUCUGCAGUCAGAGGGGGUCUGCACAGGCACAGGUCCUUCCUGCCUCUUCGUGUGGGUUUUAGCCCCAACCCUGUCAUCCACACUAGGGGGUUCCUCCUAAAGAAUGACUUCAGGGUGUGCAGCCCUGGGCGUGCCACACACUUGCUGGAAGGCCUGGAGUGACGAGCUUAUGAUAGGAGUGUAAGCCCAAGGGAGAACCCUGCUUCUGAAGUCUGGUGUUGACACUGGAAAGACAGCACAGAAAAAUCUGACUCCUGAUGCCUUCUGGAAUAAGGAAUUCCCCCUCUUCAGUACGAUGGCCCUCCUUGUCAUUGACUUUCGCUAAACCGUGGCAAUUCACAAAUAGAGGAAACAUGAAUGAAUUAAAAGCAUUCCUUAUUUUUUUUAAACUAAUAUUUGCACAUUUUCUUAGUAUCUUUCCAAAUCUUUGCCUCCCCCCACCCCCCCAACCACUCCUUUGAAAGAUGGUUUCCCUCCCUGGAUCAUUCAUUUCACUUGGUUUCUAACUUUAGAUUUUCUUUCACUUGUUAUUUGACUUAGCAGGUGCAACAAAAAACAAAUAAGUGUGCCCCCUCCACUUUCCUCUUAACUGAAAAAGCUUCAAAUAAAUUUCUGAAUCAUGUCUCAUAAA